GGAAGUGUAUUUGGUAAACUUUAUCAGCGUUGCAAGAUCACAACUUUCUUUGUUGAUUAAUGGACUCUUUGAAAAGAAGAAUAUAUUAAAAUCACUUAUUAUAUAAUUCGUGUGUCGGCGGCGAUCCUCAGUCUUGAGUAGCUUUCUUCUUUCUACUUCAUAGUGACUUUCUCCUCUUGAUUUGAUCCAAUCAAUCAUAGGUUCCAACAAUAUAAUAUGGUACAACUGGUGAAUUGAUGCAAAAUAUUGAAGUGUUGUAACGCUUAAGAUGGGAUCCGUAUCGCUAAAGAUUGGCGAUGGAACCGCAAGAUUCAGUCGAUCAACGCUCUUCUCUUCCGCCAUCAACCUCCUCAUGCUCUUCUCUGUAGUCACUACAAACCUCUUCGCACUAUACGCCUUCUCGUCUCAUUCCCAAUCCAACACCACGCAACAUCCUCUUCAUUCCAACAACGUCUCUUUGGUUUCUCAGCAUCUCUCACUCAUCCUCCGAGAAAUCGAUUCCUCCCACCGCACACUCUCUCAGAUGGAGACAAAGAUGGUCGGUUACGAAUCUCUCGAUCUCUCGCAUCCUGAAGUCCCCCAAGAGCUUAAACUGUUCCUCCAACAACAUCAGCUUCCUCUCGGCAAAGACUCUCGUACUGGUAUCACACAGAUGGUUGCAUCUGUUGGACAUUCCUGCGAAACGUCUCUAGAUUUGUUAUCUCAGUAUAUGUCGUACAAUGUCUUCGACAAGUGUCCUGAUGAUUGGAGCCUUGCACAGAAGUUGAUUCUCCGUGCUUGUGAACCGUUGCCACGACGUCGAUGUUUGGCUAAAACUGUACAUAAGCCAGGUCUCGCUACGUUUCCUGAUUCGUUGUGGAGACCUGUUAGUAACGAGAGUGUUAACUGGAGCGGUCUUGGCUGCAAAAGUUUCGAUUGUUUGAGAGGUAAGAAACUGAACCGGGAUUGUGUUGGUUGCUUUGACCUAGCUAAUACUAGUCAUGAGAAGGAUAGGUUUGUUAAGGUUAAGGUGAAGACUGAUUUCUUGAUAGAUGAUGUUUUGAGUUUAGGCCAUGGGAAGAUCCGGAUCGGGUUCGAUAUUAGCAGCGGCUCAGGUACGUUCGCUGCUAAAAUGGCUGAAAAGGAUGUGAAUAUAAUCAGUAAUACAUUGAAUAUAAAUGCUCCUUACAGCGAGUUCAUAGCUGCGAGAGGUGUUUUUCCGUUGUUCAUGAGUUUGGAGCAGAGGUUACCGUUCUAUGACAAUGUUUUCGAUCUCAUUCGUGCUUCUAGUGGAUUGGAUUUAGCGGGUGGUAGUAAUAAACCUGAGAAACUGGAGUUCUUGAUGUUUGAUCUUGAUCGGAUCUUGAAACCAGGUGGGUUGUUCUGGUUGGAUAAUUUCUAUUGCGGGAAUGAUGAGAAGAAGAGAGUUCUUACGCGUUUGAUAGAGCGGUUUGGGUAUAAGAAGCUGAAAUGGGUUGUUGGAGAGAAAACUGAUGCAGCAGAGGUUUAUCUCUCGGCUGUUUUGCAGAAGCCUGCCAGAGUUUGAUUUGUUCCUAUUUUUUUGGUAUUUUCUCAUAAAGGUUAUUAUUAAAUUUUGAGCUCAUUAUAUUUUUUUGAAAUGUUUGAUUGAUUUCCAAGGGACAACCAGAAGUUUGCAUUUUUGUUUUGAUAGUUCUGUAACGUUUGUUUGUAGGAUUGUGUAGUUUGUCUGGUUUUGUCCUAACGAAUCUGGUCUAAAUUCUUCCCGCAAUUUUCAAAGUUAAAACAAAAUCGAGUUCACAAGAGAA